UAUAGGAUAUAGGAAUCGGUCUUUCCUCUUUUUCCGGUAACGGAUCAAAGAUUCCUCAAUAAUAACAUCAAAUUUCGUUACAAAUAAUUUGUAUUAGCUGUAUCACCUCCUAAUUACCACACAUUCCUAGCAUCCUUACGAUUCUGUACAUUUCCACCAUUUUGGCAUCAUUCACCGCAUAUUUGUCUUACAUAUGUAUAUAAAUUCCGAUUCCGAUUCGAUACGCUUGCAUCUACAGAAACCCUAUCCCGCACAUCCUUGUGCCGAAGUGAAUCUCCGUACGAAUCCGGAAUCGCGGCGGACGGAAAAUGUGUAAAGUGACGGACGUUGAGACAACGCCGACGGCGGUGGAGGAUGAGGACGUGUGCGCCGUUAGGCAGGUGGAUCUCACGGUGUCGAAGACCGAUGACCCCACAAUGCCGGUGCUGACGUUCAGAAUGUGGGUGCUUGGACUGAGCUCGUGCGUGCUUUUGUCGUUCAUCAACCAAUUCUUCUGGUACCGGACGGAGCCGCUGACGGUGUCGGCUAUCUCCGCCCAGAUCGCGGUGGUUCCGUUGGGGCACCUCAUGGCGAGGGUGUUGACGAAAAGGGUGUUCUUGAAAGGGACGAGGAUGGAAUUCAGCCUGAACCCGGGGCCGUUUAAUAUGAAGGAGCACGUGAUGAUCACGAUUUUCGCCAACGCCGGCGCCGGAACAGUGUAUGCGACCCAUAUCUUGAGCGCCGUUAAGCUUUAUUACAAGAGGCCGUUAGGCUUCCUCCCUGCCCUUCUUGUUAUGCUGACAACUCAGAUGCUUGGUUACGGUUGGGCUGGACUUUUUCGGAGGCACCUUGUAGAGCCUGGGGAAAUGUGGUGGCCUAGUAACCUUGUUCAGGUCUCUUUAUUUAGAGCUCUUCAUGAGAAAGAGGAGAAGCCCAAAGGGAGCACAACACGAACCAAGUUCUUCCUCAUAGCAUUAGCAUGCAGCUUCCUGUACUAUAUCUUUCCCGGGUUCCUUUUCCAGAUGUUAACAUCCUUAUCAUGGAUUUGCUGGCUGGCGCCGAAGUCGGUGAUCUUCAAUCAGUUGGGAUCGGGCAUGCAAGGCCUUGGGCUUGGGGCAGUCGGGCUGGACUGGCUCACAAUCUCAUCCUACCUGGGAAGCCCACUCGCGAGCCCAUGGUUUGCCACUGCAAACGUGGCAGUCGGAUUCUUCCUCGUCAUGUAUGUGAUGACUCCCCUCACUUAUUGGUCCAACGUGUAUCAUGCCAAGAAUUUCCCGCUCUACUCUAAUGACCUCUUCCAGCUGGACGGGUCACAAUAUAACACUUCAAGCAUCAUAAAUUCCCAUUUUAGCCUCGAUGCCCAAGCGUACAAUAAAGUCGGUCCCCUGUUUCUUAGCACCUUCUUUGCAAUGAGUUAUGGACUUGGAUUUGCAACCCUUUCUGCAACCUUGGUGCAUGUUUUGGUGUUCAAUGGCAGGGACAUAUGGAAUCAAAGCAAAAAAGCAUUUGGAGGAGAUGGGAAACCAGAUAUACACUCAAGGCUAAUGAAAGCUUACAAGGAGGUGCCGGUGUGGUGGUUUAUUGUCAUUCUUGUGGUCAACAUUGCCGUUAUCCUCUAUGCUUGCAUGCAUUAUGAAGAAACGCUUCAGUUGCCUUGGUGGGGUGUCCUCUUGGCUUGUGCCAUUGCUCUCAUUUUCACCCUUCCUAUUGGUAUUAUUUGUGCCACAACUAACCAGGCACCGGGAUUGAAUGUGAUCACGGAAUACAUCAUCGGGUAUGCUUACCCAGGUCGACCCGUGGCCAACAUGUGCUUCAAGGUGUACGGAUACAUUAGCAUGAGUCAAGCUCUUACCUUUGUGGCGGAUUUCAAGCUCGGACAUUACAUGAAAAUUCCUCCGAGGAUAAUGUUUAGUAUCCAGAUGGUUGGGACGUUCAUUUCAGUUGUGAUCUACACACUAACGGCAUGGUGGCUCAUGGAUACAAUCCCUAACCUUUGUAACACAAACCUUUUACCCACAAAUAGUCCAUGGAAGUGCCCCAUGGACCAUGUCUUCUAUGAUGCCUCGGUGAUUUGGGGACUAGUCGGCCCGCAAAGGAUAUUCGGGAACCUCGGGGUAUACCCGAAUAUCAACUGGUUCUUUCUCGGGGGUGCAAUCGCACCCGUACUAGUCUGGUUGGCAAUCAAAGCAUGGCCGAACCAAAAAUGGAUCCGUUACAUCAACUUUCCCGUAUUGUUGGGAUCGACGGCAAUGAUGCCGCCCGCUAGUGCCGUGAAUUACACCAGUUGGAUCAUUGUCGGGUUUGUGUUCGGGUACGUGAUUUACAGAUACAAGCCCAGGUGGUGGGAGCGUUACAAUUAUGUUUUAUCUGGUGGAUUGGAUGCGGGUACGGCUUUCAUGACCAUUUUGAUCUUCUUUGCCUUACAAUCAAGAGGGGUUAGUAUCAAUUGGUGGGGAAACAAUGUUGAUGGUUGCCCUUUGGCUUCUUGCCCCACGGCAAAAGGGAUUUCUGUUGAUGGAUGUCCUCUUAGAUGAUCAUACAUUUUCACAUGACCUAUACUUACCAUUUAAUUUGUAGAUAGUUGGAAACGUCUAAACCGUAUGUCCCAAAACUGAAGUGAUUAUUGUUGAUUAUCCAUUAAAUGAAUCGAAAGUUCAGUCUAUAAUGACAAUGGCGAGGUUCAUUUAAUUUGUUGAGUUUAAUUUUUCAAUGUCAUUUGAUCUCAUCA